ACAACAAUAAUAAUAAUGCGCUUAAAUCCUUAUAUCCACCAUCAUAUACUCCAUGACCCCGCUUCUCCUCCUUCAAGCACCACCACCGCCGCGAUGGCCACCGACGACGACGACGACGACGACGACAAGCCCACAUACAGCUCCUACAUCGACAUCUACGACGACCGAGAGGCUGCCGCCGACCCCCCACCCGACGGCGACAUCGCUAGCGGUGGCGGCGUCUGCCCACAUUACUCGUGGUGGGCCGACGAGUGGGACCGCGCCUUCGUCAUCGUGUGCACGCUGGGGCUCUUCAUCGACCCGCUCUUCUUCUACGCGCUCUCCGUCAGCAGGGCCGCGAUGUGCGUCUACGUCGACGGGUGGUUCGCGGUGGCGGUGACGGUGCUGCGGUGCAUGGCCGACGCCGUGCACGCCUGCAACAUGUGGGCGAGGAAGGGGAAAGGCAGGGUGGUCGUGAGAUGGCCCAGAAGAUCAUCUCCGCGGGCAUGCAAGGAGAACACAAACUACUGCUUUCGAUCGAAUAAGGGGUUCUUCUUCGAUCUCUUCGUCAUCUUUCCAUUGCCUCAGGUUGUUUUAUGGGCGGUAACUCCGGCCCUAAUUCGACGAGGAUCGACGACGACGGUGAUGACGGUGUUCCUGGUCGUGUUCGUCUUCCAAUACCUGCCCAAAAUAUACCACUCGGUCUGCGUCCUGCGCCGGCUGCAGAGCUCCGCGGGCUGCAUAUUUCGGACUAUAUGGUGGGGCAUUGCUCUUAACCUGAUUGCCUACUUUGUUGGUGCCCAUGCGGUUGGUGCAUGCUGGUACUUGCUGGGAAUCCAGAGAGCUACAAGGUGUCUCAAUGAAAUGUGCACCGAAGCGAAAAAUUGCACGCUUGAAACAAUAGGAUGUGCAAUUCCUGUAUACUAUGGUGUUGCCAGAAACAGCAACAGCAUGAGGGGAGAUAUUAGUGAGAUAGUUGCUUGGGCUAACAAUACGAAAGCGAGGAAUGUAUGCUUAGAUAGCCAAGAUAACUAUGCCUAUGGUGCCUACAAAUGGACCGUUCUUCUCGUUUCGAACUCGAGCCGACUCGAGAAAAUGCUUCUGCCCAUUUUCUGGGGCCUCAUGAAUAUCACCACCUUUGGCGGCGGCCUCGUGAGCACAACUGAAUUGCUCGAAAUCAUCUUCAACAUCAUCGUCGUAACGACGGGGCUUCUCCUGGUUACAAUGCUAAUAGGGAACAUCAAGGUGUUCCUUAAUUCUACGACAUCGAAGAAGCAGGCACUGCACCUGAAGAUGAGAAGCAUGGAGUGGUGGAUGAAGCGUCGAAAGUUGCCAAAGGAGACGAAGCAGAGGGUGCGGCUGUACGAGCGGCAGCGGUGGGCCGCAACGCGCGGCGUGGACGAGUGCGAGAUGAUACGGCACAUGCCGGAGGGGCUCAGGAGGGACAUCAAGUAUCAUCUCUGCCUCGACCUUGUUCGUCAGGUUCCAUUGUUCCAACACAUGGAUGAGCUAGUCUUAGAGAACAUCUGUGACAGAGUGAAGUCCCUCAUCUUUCCAAAGGGAGAAACUGUCACAAGAGAAGGAGACCCAGUGCAGAGAAUGCUGUUUAUAGUGAGAGGCCAUUUGCAGAGCAGCCAAAUCCUCCGGGAUGGCGUGAAGAGCUGCUGCAUGCUCGGCCCCGGCAACUUCAGCGGCGACGAGCUCCUCUCCUGGUGUCUCCGCCGCCCCUUCGUCGAGCGACUCCCGGCUUCCUCUUUCACUCUGGUGACGCUGGAGACGACGGAGGCGUUUAGCCUGGAAGCGAGCGACGUGAAGUACGUGACGCAGCACUUUCGGUACACGUUUGUGACCGAGAAGGUGAGACGGAGUGCGCGGUACUACUCGCCGGGGUGGCGGACGUGGGCGGCGGUGGCGAUACAACUGGCGUGGCGGCGGUACAAGCAACGGGCUUCCCUCGCUUCGCUUUCUCUCGUCAUGAGGCCGCGACGGCCCGCGUCGUCGCCGGGGGAGGACCGGCUCCGGCACUACGCAGCACUCCUCACCUCUCCCAAGCCAAUUCAAGAUGAGCUCUCCUGAUAUCAUCAUGCACAAAAUGUUUCCUUUUCCUUCUUUUUUUAAAAAAAUUUUCUAAUUAAUAUCAAAAUUAAAGAUAUUUAACUUUAACAAUUCAGGACUCGAAUAAUCUCUAACCUCACGUGGGAGAGCAGGGGUGCUAAUAUUUAUGAAUUGUACUUUGUAAAAAAAAAAAAAAAAAAUUUACGAAUUGUAGUAACAAAUUUAGUGCUUGGUGCAAUUUAGGCCUUGUGGGAUGCAACUUGGGUUCGGUUCAUCAAGGCAAACCAGUUCGACUCAAAAUGGUUAAUGGGUCAAAAAUGAGUUGUCCAAUUUGAUAUUUAGAUUGGACUAGAAUUAGAAAUUUUCAAUCUGAAUUUGUGAGAUCUCGAUUAGGUUAGGAUCGAUGGAUCCACAUUUAACCAAUUUGAACUGAUUUAACCAAACCCCAUCAACACUUACGUGUCGUACGUAGAAAAGAUAACAGUAUACAACUUAGUUUUAGCAUAAUUUUACAUUCACGUUUUGUUCCUUAAUCCUAGAUAAAAAUCGUAGAAUACAAGAAAAGGGAUUAAGAAAAAAAAACCUAACAUUCUAGUUUAGGUGGUGCAAUUAUUCCUAAAGAAAUUGAUUUUUAAUGUCACUUUCCUUUUUGUGCAUGUGGUACGUAAAGAUUGGAAUAUCUCAUGAUCAAUGUAUUAUCAAUUAAUUAUGCUUGUGUUAAAUCUAA